AAUGGUCAAUAAGGUUCCAAAUCUCUGGAAAGGAAUAGCGUCACAACCCCACGUGGGAUACUCCAACUAGCCUCAGUGGCACACACUCGUAAUAUAUUACAACCUCCAAGGUCAUUUUUAUAGCUCCCUCUCCUUAUAAGCAAUAGCCACAACUCUCUUUGCCAAUUACAUUUUACACUCAUCUCUUUCUCUCUUCCGUCAAAAUGGGAGGCGUCACCGUCGUGUCCUUCUUCCUUCUUUUCAUCGCCACCGCAACCGCCUCUAAGUCCACCGUCUCCUUCCGUGACGGCAUGUUACCAAACGGAGACUUCGAGCUAGGACCAAAACCAUCAGACAUGAAAGGAACAGAAAUACUAAACAAACUAGCAAUACCAAACUGGGAAGUCACAGGAUUCGUCGAAUACAUCAAAUCAGGACAUAAACAAGGAGACAUGCUUCUCGUUGUUCCCGCCGGUAAAUUCGCAGUCCGGCUAGGGAACGAAGCAUCGAUCAAACAAAGACUUAAAGUGGUUAAAGGAAUGUAUUACUCGCUCACUUUUAGUGCUGCUAGGACUUGUGCUCAAGACGAGAGACUUAACAUAUCUGUAGCACCUGACUCCGGUGUGAUUCCGGUGCAGACGGUUUAUAGUAGUAGUGGGUGGGAUUUGUAUGCUUGGGCGUUUCAAGCUGAGAGUGAAGUUGCUGAAGUUGUGAUUCAUAAUCCUGGUGUUGAGGAAGAUCCAGCUUGUGGUCCACUUAUUGAUGGUGUCGCCAUGAGAUCUCUUUACCCUCCACGACCAACUAAUAAGAACAUUUUGAAAAACGGAGGAUUUGAAGAAGGUCCAUUAGUACUACCAGGCGCGACAACGGGAGUUUUGAUCCCACCGUUCAUAGAAGAUGACCACUCUCCUUUACCUGGCUGGAUGGUGGAGUCUCUCAAGGCUGUCAAGUACGUAGACAUUGAGCAUUUCUCAGUCCCACAGGGUCGCCGAGCUAUUGAGCUUGUAGCGGGUAAAGAGAGCGCCAUUGCUCAAGUGGUUCGUACCAUCAUUGGGAAAACUUACGUGCUGUCUUUUGCGGUUGGAGACGCCAACAAUGCUUGCAAAGGAUCAAUGGUGGUUGAGGCUUUUGCGGGAAAAGAGACACUUAAGGUCCCUUACGAGUCGCAAGGCACCGGAGGGUUUAAACGAGCUUCUAUCCGGUUUGUGGCGGUUUCGAGCCGAUCAAGAAUUAUGUUCUACAGCACUUUCUAUGCCAUGAGAAGCGAUGAUUUCUCGUCAUUGUGUGGGCCUGUCAUCGACGAUGUCAAGCUUAUAAGCGUUCGUAAACCAUAGAUGAAUCACAAAUCCUAUUACAAGAAAAUGCAGCGUGUGGUCUUUUCUUAUUUCUUAAAUUGUCUUUGGUGAGUUUUUGAUUUUAUUCUAAAGAGAAAGUGAAAAGACAGAGGUUAGGGUUUUAUAUAGGCACAUGGGCCUUUGCUUAUAUUGUAUUUUCUUGUAUGAGAAGGCAAAAGAAACGUUGCCAUUAUCUUAUGUAUCUAGGCCUUUUGAUUUUUAUGGAGAGUUACAAAACUUACAAUAAAAGUUUAUGCAUA